AUGGCAGCCUCUGCAUCCUCUUUCGUUGGCCAGGCCGUUCUCAAGACCCCCAACGAGCUUGCUCGCAAGGUGGGACCCACUGGCAAUGGCCGCUUCACCAUGCGUCGGACUGUCAACAGUGCUCCCCAGAGCAUCUGGUACGGACCAGACCGUCCAAAAUACCUAGGCCCAUUCUCAGAGCAGACCCCCUCCUACCUCCCCGGAGAGUUCCCUGGUGACUAUGGCUGGGACACUGCCGGCCUAUCUGCUGACCCAGAGACCUUUGCCAAGUACCGUGAGCUCGAAGUGAUCCACUGCCGAUGGGCAAUGCUGGGCGCUCUUGGAUGCGUCUUCCCAGAAAUCCUCGCCAAAAAUGGAGUCAAGUUUGGCGAAGCAGUCUGGUUCAAGGCUGGCUCACAAAUCUUCUCCGAAGGCGGUCUUGACUACUUGGGAAACCCUAACUUGAUCCAUGCUCAGAGUAUUCUUGCUAUCUGGGCAUGUCAGGUUGUCUUAAUGGGCUUUGUUGAAGGAUACAGAGUUGGGGGAGGUCCAUUAGGAGAGGGACUCGACGCGACUUACCCAGGGGGAGCAUUUGACCCCUUGGGUCUUGCUGAUGAUCCUGAAGCAUUUGCAGAGUUGAAGGUGAAGGAGAUCAAGAAUGGACGGUUGGCGAUGUUCUCAAUGUUCGGAUUCUUUGUGCAGGCAAUUGUUACAGGAAAGGGACCAAUAGAGAACUUGUUUGAUCACUUGGAUAACCCAACUGCUAACAAUGCAUGGGCUUAUGCUACCAACUUUGUUCCUGGAAAAUGA